AUGGCUGGUUUCUACGCAUCGCCGUCUUGGUCUUUGAGAAGCAAACAUCUUCCACCGCGGAGGCUCAUUGCGGUGCCCGAGACUCACCGUUUGCGCGACCAAGAUGUCUCGGUUCCUCUCUUUCCUAACCACCUUCAACCUCUCCGCGACCCAUCCCUCCCAUCCGUUCAGCAUCACACCAAACACACCGAUAGCCUUAUGAAAGCCCAAAAACACUAA